CACACAGCAACAACAAAGCUUCAAAAGGCGGCGACAGGUGCCCGAAAUUAAUUAACUUUGUGCAAACAAUAGAUUUAAUCAAUUAAGAAAAUAAGAUAAAGAUGCCGAAGAAAAAGGGGAAAUCAAAGAAAGGGAAAGGUAAAAAGGGGAAAUCAAAGAAAGAGACAAAAACUAGCGAAGGACCAAGAGAUCCAAUGACUCCAGCGUUUAUUCCACCACCACCACUUCCAAGAGAAAAGCUAAUUAAUCUAUUGAAACAACAUCCUGUGAAUGAAAAAGAAAUUCAUGGUUACAAAGUGACAGACAGAAUCCUAAAAAACUUAACCUCUUCUGAAAUUAGAGACCUGAUUGUAGUUUUUGAAUUGUUUGAUGCCAAUUCUGAUGGAUAUAUCAAUGCAAAAGAGUUACGACGUGCAAUGAGAGCACUUGGAUUUAAAUGUUCAAGAGAUGAUGCCAAAGAUAUGAUUUCAGAUGUUAGUGUGAAAGGAAAAAGCCAGAUCAGCUUUGUUGAGUUUUUAGAAGUCAUCAUUGACAGACAAGAUGAUGCUAGAGACAUCUAUGAUGAAAUACUCCAGGGAUUCAAAAUGUUUGAUCAAGACAAUUCAGGAUCUAUUACAUUAGACAAUUUAAAACAAAUAUGUACGGAAGCAGGAAUGAAGUUUGCACAGAGAGACUUAGAGGAAAUGAUUGAAGAAGCUGACAUUAAUGGCGAUGGGAAAGUCGACCAAUCAGAAUUUAUACGAAUUAUGUUACAGACUAACUUGUUUUAAUAAAUCUUCAACUUUACCCAUCUGUAUUUAUGCUAUCAAUAUUAGCAACUUUUUUGUUUUUGAUGAAAUGUGAAAAGAAUAUUUACGAAUCAAAUUUUGUAUAAAUUAAGUUAUAUCACAAACUUGUAUCAAAAGAUAUAUAAUGACAGCAAAGUGGACUUGUGACUAAUUAUUUUCUUAUUCCAACUGUAGAUCAUAAUAGAACAACAAAUGAAUGUAAAAAGGCAAAGUUUAUAGAUUCAAGAAUAAUGAGAAUGAAAUUCAGUUUGAAAUUUAUUUUAUAAUGUUGAGAUAAUUAUACUAAUUAAUUCAUAGAAGAUUUGCGUUUAUGUUUUUUUUUAUUCUGCAAUAUUUUAAGCAUUAAUCUUUAAUGUAUGAUCUUGUAUCCCUUCAUCUGAUUUUCUUUUCAUGACAAUGUUCAUUUCUUUGAACUUGCUGUCAAAUAUUCUAUUUUUUUCUGCUUUUUGCAUUUAUUAAUAAAUUGUUGUUUAUAGCAAUAUUUAACUUCCAUUGACCUAUUUUGAAUUCAUUUCUUCCUAUAGGUUGUUUUUACUUUAUGUGUAUAUUUGUGUACUUGUUAAUGAAUGAGAAUAUAGAUGUGUGAAAAACUAACAUAUUUUAAUGAUGUUGAAUUUAUACUGAUCUGUGAUGAUAUUUUUGAAUAAAUAUUUUUAUAAAAUGGCA